UAGAUGUGUAAUUUGCAAAUAUUUUCAUGGUGUUCUUUUAUUCUAGUAUGCUAGGUGAUAUUGCUGAAGAAAAUUCAGUGGCUUAAAACAUCAGAGCUUUAUUUUUCAUUCCCAUAUAUUUUGUUAUGGGUCCAGGCAACUGUCUAGUGCAAAUGUGUUCUGCGUAUUAGCUCAGCAGUGCACAUUUCCUUCAAUGCAUUCUUCCAUGAGCACCAAGGCCAAGAGGAGAGCACUGGAGACUCUUGUGCUGCCAAUGAACUACCUUCACCAAACACGAGACAUGUCAGUUCUCUUCACUUUCAUUGGCUGAAUGAAUGAUAUGGCCUUGCCUAAAUCAAAGGCUGAGGAAGGGCAAUCUGUCCAGUGCCUGAAUUGAGAAGAUCAAGCGACAUUGGAGUGGAGCCAAGCUUCUUCAUGUUUGCCAGCCAUUUGCCUUUCUUCUUCAUGCUCUCUUUGACUUCGAAGCCAUGGACCCUGCGCUUUUCAACCCGUGCCCGGUGCACCUGGCCACCGCGCGACUGGCCCUGGGCAGGCAGGUGAGGAAGAGGAGAAACAGGUGUGGUGUGGUGAGAAGUCCCACGACUGGGGAGCUGAGGGCGCAGAAAGAACUGAGCACGGGACAGACACAGCCCCCGGAGAGUCCCGGGAUUACUGCCGGGGAUUCCUGCUGGCCCCCCUCCAGCGCGGUCGCAGAAGUUGUGAAACUACCGAGGCAGCAGCCGGCCCAGGUCGGAGCUUCCGCCCCGAGGCCAAGAGGCGCAGAGCAGCAGGAUGGGGUGGAGGGGCCGUCCUUUCCUCGCAUUGUCUCCAAGCUGGCGGCCGCCAAAAACUGAAAGCAAAACCUGCCUGCCGGGCCCCGCCUCGUGGCCCGCGCCGUGCUAGAUUUGGGCCCUGCCGGCAGCCGAAGGCGCGUCUCUCCUCCGCCAUGGCAUCAGGUUUGAAAGGCAAGGAAUCCAAAACUUCUGAAAGAACAGCUGCAGUUGCUGGUCGUUCGGUUGGCCUUUUUAAUGAUAAAUUACUGACCACAGUAGUGAAGACUCACUUCCAGGAUAUUAAGAAUGAAAGCAGAGUUGUUGAAAAUGUGAUAUAUCCAACAAGAACCAGGGGAGUUGAAAAUGUGACCUUCAAAGGAAAAAAAGGUACAGAGAAUGUCAACAGAAAACAGGAACACUGUCAGGCAGAAGAGCUUGGACCCUCUCAGUUCACAGACUCUCAUUUCAGUAAAAAGGUCUUCAGCUCUGUAAAAGCUAUUCUCGAUCUUUCUGUUUUUCGGAGUCAAGUCCCUCUAGAAAGUCUGGUAAUGGAUCUGAAAAGGAAAAACCCAACUUUAUGCUUCAGUCCUUUGGAACCCAAUGGAAGAAUCUCCAUCCAAGGAUCAUUUCUGGCUAUGCAGAAACUCAAAGAAUCUUUGCUAUUAAAAGCAAGUUCUCUUUUAGAAAAAAACAGGAAUUUUAUCAGUGAGGAGAAAAGAUGGAAUAGGCAGAACUCCAGAAGGCAGCUCCAGAGAAGUAGCUCUUUGGAGUCACUCGGGUCCUCAGUACCCGAGGCCACCAAGAGAGGAGAAACGCUUGUUCUCAACACAGAUAUUUUCCUUUACCUCAAAAAGAGCAGAUUUUAUGAAAGCACAUUGAAAAACUGUCAUGUUUUCUGUGAGGAAAGAGUGGAUGGUGCAAUUACCACAAUUUGUAUAAAAAAUGCUCAAGAAUGUUCUCAGCCAAACAAUGCAAAGGUUGUAAAAGCACUUUUUGAGGAAUAUUCACUUGCUCUUCACUUCGAGCUUAGAAAGGAGACACUUACUUUGAAAGGAAAGGAGAGUCGAAAUAAAAGAAAUAUUAAGUUGGCAUGUGAACAACUACGUUCGAGGUUCCCUCAGGUUCUGAUAAAUUUUUAUGAGACACACAUUGACAUUAUAGGAUCUUCUUCUGACACAAACUUGUUUAAAAAAGAGGUCAUGAAAUUAAUAAGGUUAGACAGGCGAUGAGAUCUCAGCUGUAAUAAUGACAAUGGCAGUUGCUUUUCCUUACUGAGUAGUGACGAUGCUGUAACUGACGCUGGCUUUACACACAUGAUCUCAUUUAAUCCUCGCAACCAUCCUUCAGUGUAGGCAUUGCUAUCCUCAUGUUGUAGGGGAAGAACCUAGGACUUGGAGAGGUUAAAACUUUUGUCUGGAGUUAUCCAGUGGGCAAGGAAUGGGGCUGCGGUUAAACUCAGCCUAUCUGACUACAAAAUGCUGGCAAAACUCUCUUGAGAAGCUACUUUGAUUGAAAGUACUUCCGAAGCAGGUAAUCAUUACUUGACUAAAUCUGAUUGGUACGAGGCCGCUGGACCAUAUAGGACAUUUUUAUUGUUGCUUAUUUAGCCUAAGUACCUAUAGAAAAUGUUGGUUCUGUUAGAAUUAUGAAGAAUUACAAAGUAUAGUGUCUUUUUUCUUUAUUCCCCCCUUUAUUUUAUAAUUGUAUGGUUAAAGUAAUAGCAUUUAAGGAAUAAAAUCAUGGGUGCUUCCUUAAAGAUGACGGAAGGAUUUGAAAAUUCAUUGCUGGGGUGCCCGGGUGGCUCAGUCGUUAAGCAUCUGCCUUCGGCUCCCAGGGUCCUGGGAUCGAGCCC